UAACUAAACAUGGCGGCGGAACAGAAUGUUCCUCAACUUGGCGGAUAUGAUUACGAAUUUACAGGCAGAGUUCCGCAUGACUACGAAUGUCUUGUGUGUCACUUACCAAUGAAGGAUCCAGUACAGAUCGUACAAUGUGGGCACAAGCUUUGUAACAUUUGUAAAGAAUCGCUUUUUAGACUUCCUUCGCCAUUUUGUCCGGCAGACAGGCAGCCAUUGUCACGCGAGCAGAUAUUUCCUGAUACCGCUUGUCGUCGCAAAAUCCUAGAUCUGACGGUGAAAUGUUUUCACUCUGGAUGUCUAUGGACAGGAGAGUUACGUGAAGUUGAGGAACAUCAAUCAAACUGCCUGUUAAAAGUGGUACAGUGUCCAAACUCAAGAUGUACAGAGAAAGUCACUAGGCAGGACAUGGGGAACCACAUGGCAUCUGAAUGUUCUUGGAGGAUAAUAUAUUGUGGAUAUUGUCAAAAAUUAAUUGUCUUUAAUCAACAAAAGAAACAUUUCGAUAUCUGCCAAAAGUUCCCUGUUCAUUGUACCAACAAGUGUGGCUUGGAAGAGAUUCCACGAGGAAAGCUGGAAUUUCAUAUUGGCGAGGAUUGUCCUGCAACUGAGGUUUAUUGCGAAUUCAAGAAAUUGGGAUGCGACGUUAAGUUCCCAAGAUCAAACACCAAAGCUCAUUUGGAGACACACAUUGAACAACACUUGAACUUGGCCCUUCGCAGCCUUGAGACCACUCAGCGUCAGGUUAAGGAUCAGUCACAGCAGAUUGAACAACUGAUGGCCAAAGAUAAAGAUUUGUCACAGCAGAUUGAACGACUGACUGCUCAGGUCAAAGUUCAAGAUCAACAUAUUAAGCUCCUGAAUAGUCCUCCAUUUGUGUGGAAAAUUUCAAAUUUCCAGGCUGCUUAUGAGAAAGCAUUGAGUGGAAAGGAAAACAUUUUAACAAGUACAUUUUAUCUUUCUUCAAACGGGUACAGACUGAGAAUCCAAAUUUUCUCUAAUGCCUAUAGGAUGAGGUGGUUCCCAGACGAUUUUUUGUCUAGUACAACAUACUUUUCUAUCUAUAUUUGUGUUAUUCCAGGAGAAUUUGAUCCGCUAUUAUCCUGGCCAUUCAAGGAAAAGUUGCGAGUAACGUUGAUCAAUCAAAACCCGUGCGAGGAUAAGGAGAAAGAUAUAUGGCGCGUAACUGACUUUGGCAGGGUAGAUUUGCCCAUAAUGAGGCCUCUUACUGAAGAUAACCAAAGUUGCCAUUGCGUGCUUGGCCCCAUUCGUGCCGACACGUUACAAUCUGCAUCUUUCACACUGAACGAUACAAUUUUCAUAAUGGUGAAAAAAGAGUAGUAUCAUGUACUGGAACUGACUAAGCAAACUCUUAAGGUUUUAUUUUGGCGAUUCCCUUGUAAAGCAUUACCCAUCCUCACUGAAGAUAUAGUUGCCAAUCAUUAGUUGUGCUCAAAUUAUCAAAACAGCAGAUUUUACCUUAACUAGAGCUGACCGGCAAGGUAAAUCGUUAUUUCCUCUUUUCCGAGCUCGUUUACUUCCCUUUAUGAGUUAUUUAAAAUGAUGAUAAUUAUUAAAUAUACUACGUCGUCCAAA